GACAAACACCUUCGCCCAAAUGUAACGCCAAGCUGUUUUCCUUGCAAAUAGCCUCAUGCAUAUGCGGCGAAGCCUUUAAGCUACGUAAUAGGUGCUCUCUCACUCGCCAAUUUGAUUUAACUCAUUCAGUCGACCUCGAGGUACAGCCGAGAGCGGGUGUACGCCAUCUUGUAUUCUGAACUGUCAAAUUUCGCGCCGAUUCUGUGACUGUGAUAGCACUAAUUGCCAGCAAAAAAUUAAGAAUAGUGUAGUGAAAAUUAAUUAGUAACAUUUAAUAAAAAAUUAAGUGUUGUUUUUCUGGAAUUAAUUCGUGUUGUUUAUCUCGGUGUUAUUGGCUGAGAUCUCGGUCUGUGAUUAGUGCUGUGUUUUUGUUAUUUUUUUUUUAUUACUUUUAGUUUUGAUACCGUUUGAACUGUCACUGUUUGUGCCCGGAAAGGAUAUAUUUCGGAAUUUUGGUGCAAAAUGCGGUCAAAGCCACGAUUGUUGGUGAUGUGAACAACGCAGUCGCCCCAAUGUACGAUAGCCCGAGAAGAUAAGCAAAUACCGAUGAUACCGAAACGCAAACUGCCGAGUUGACGGUAACCGAAACAGUAACUGAGGUACCAAAACCUGGGUACCUCAUCUACCCAAUGACUGAUGAAAUUGUCAAGUCGGAUAAUGCCGAAGAUGGCGAUAAGGUAGCCAAAGAUACGAAGGUCGAUACCGAAACGAAGGAAACGAAAGAAACAAAACCGAGAACUGUAUCAUUUAAUAGGGACGUACACGUGAAACGAUUCGAUAAACCGCGCGCAACACGAACAACAUCAUCUGACCAACCCAAGUCCAUCAGAAAAGAACCAUUCACACAUCUAUCAGAAAAGGAACUCAUUGAAGAAGCUAACAAAGUACGCGCACAGGCUGAAGGCAUCACAUGCACCUCUGAUCAUCCACCUGAGAAGUUCUUCUCCUUACCACAUCGAAGAAAAAAGGACAAUAAGAUCGGAAGAAGGAACAGCGACGAAGGUGCUCCAGAGAAAACUCCUCUAGGACGAUCAACCAGUGAUGUAAGCAACAAAAAGAGAAGAGAAAGAACUUCCCUAUCUACGCUAUUCAGAAGAGCACAAAGCGGUAAGGGUUCUGACGCACCAGUUGUUGUUGCCACAAAACCUGUUGCUAUAGUCCAGAGAAGUAAAAGUGACGUGUCCGAUCUAAAGUCUAACACAACGCUAACCACGCAGAACAAACCAAUCCGCAAACGAUCGGGCAGUGAGACUGAAGAGUUCCUUAAGUCAUUAAGAAAUAAGAAGUCACAGCUGUCACCCAUCAUAGAAAGUUCACCCAGAGAAGAUUACUUUAAGAAAACGCCACCCCUCGACCUGUACCAGAAACAAAAUUCUGCUCAAAAAGAAAAUAAUUCUGAGAAGGAGAAAUCGGAUAACAAAAAAGUUAAUCCCGUCGAAAAGCCUCCUAGGUACAAAGCUCCUGAAAAACCUGAGCCAAAAGCACCCACUAGAGCUAAAAAAGGUAAAUCACAAGAGAAGGAGAAAGAGAAAUCACCACAAAUAAGUGCCACACCCAAACGAAAAACUGAUGUGAAGAAGACAAUUCUUGUGGAUGAGAUUGAUUCGCCCAAAAGUAAAGAUACAAAUCCUGCUGAUGUAAAAGAUAGAAUCAAAGAUAGCAUAAGGAAAAUUGAAGAAAACGUUUAUGGUGAUAAAGAAAUGAUACAUAGUAGUCAGCAACCGCCGGAUAAACCGCCGUUGACUAGAGGACAUACUGUGGAUCACUUAGUGAGAAUACUAAAGGAAGACCAAUCUUCACCUCCACCUAAAUCUCAUUUGAUUUCACCUCCCAACGGGACUAACGUGAAUCAACCAUUCUCUUAUAUUAAACCAAGUAUCAGUCCUGAUCCUAAUCUUUUUGUUAGGAAUACUAGUCCUGAUAGAGUACCUUCACCAGUCAACAAGAUGGAUAAGGGGGUGGUGUAUGCUCACGUAGUGAGAGAUCACGACUCACACAUCAACAAUAGAUUAAACAAACAGACAGUACAUAAAACAUUUUCUCCGUCCAGAGAAAAGUACGGAAACUUCUCCGACGAAGAUGAAGGUUUAGGUUAUGAGGAGAGACAUAAGUUUGCUAAAACUCAAAUGUAUGACUAUGAUUAUAAAAACAAGGAAAAUGACAACUUCACUAACUUUGAGCCGACCUACAAUAUCACAGAUUCACCCAUAAGACCUCGGUUUAGGGAAUACAAGCUGACUAGUUUUGAAGACUUUGAACCAACUUAUGCCAAUGAAUAUGCGCCAAAAGACAAGUCUCCUGAUCUAAGUAAUCAAUACAGGGGGAGAGGAGAUGGUAUGGAUACAAAAAAGAAGCAGUAUGAAACAGAACCAACAAAGGUUGAUUUAGAUUUCAAUGAACUAAGUCACAGACGGCAGCUUCUGGAAUCAAGAUUAAAUGCUCGAAGACUUGAUAGGGAGAGAAAUGUUGAAGAGCCAAUAUCACGGUAUUUACCCGAAGAUCCCAUAUAUGAAGCUGAGAAACGCAUGCAAGCCACUGAGCGAUACGUCAAUGAAACAGUUCGUUACUAUCGGAACACAUUAGAAAGGGAUGGCUUUGCUGAAAGCAGUGUUACUGAAGAUUACAGUAAGUAUGAUUCAGACAAUCACAAAGUUAAAUAUAACACAGAAAGCAGAACCUUCCAAAAAGUUCCUAAAGGAGAACUUGAUAGACGUGAGUUCAUUGAUAAGUUGGAACCUAGAUACAAGAGUUCUAAAAAAGAUUUCCCCCCAGAGCCUGAGUACGAGCCUCCAAGCUUAGACUCAAAUACAGGCAAACCUUUGCUCAGUCCUGAUGAAUAUAAAGAGAAAAAGUAUAAAGCUAAAAAGCAACUUACUUCUAGUCAUGAUGUACUUCAAACUGGACAAAAAUAUAAAGGCAAAGAAUAUUUCGGUAAGAGAAAAGGACAUUACUCCUCCAAUCCUGAGAUUGCUCAAGAACGUGAAGAGGAUUAUGCGAAUCUCCCAAAGUAUGCCGAUUCAUACCAUUCUCUGCGUCGAGUGAAGAAUAAAGACAGAUAUAAGGAAGAUUUUGGCAUGACACGACAUGAUUCUGGUGACAGUCGUGAAUACUACCGGGAUGAUAGAUCACCUCGUCGCUUCGAUAUAGACAACAGACUAGUUGAUUCUGGAAUUGAAAAUGACUUCAGAAAAGACUCAAGCGGAGAAAUACACAGAACGAGGCACAGGAGACAUGAGAGUGAUGAUGACGUCAGGGACACCUCAUUAUUUUUGGCUAGUGAAAGACAGCAUACAGAAGACAACUACCCAGCUGAGCAAAUAUACGCUAACGGAGAGUAUUUGGCAAGGUUUAAGGAUUAUAAGGACGAUGGAUAUAGGAAGGAGUACACGAGGCGAGAUAGAAGUGCUGAUGAAGGAUCACAUUUUGAGCCAAAACAUGAAAGAUACGAGAAAAGUCCUAGUAGACUUGAUGAUAAAGUCAGUGCGAAACCGCCGAAGGCAAAGAAGCUAACUGGACUUGAAAAGAUGAAACAGCUGUUCUCUCGCGACUCUUCUAAGAAGAGCAAGAAAGAGAAGGAAGUAGUCCAGCCAAAGACUCGCACACGGGUGCUCAAGAGCCCUGAACAUCUUGCCAGAGACGACUCCGAAUAUAGAAGGUACACCGACCCAGAACCAAGUGAAAUCAUAGUGAAGAAGACAAUCGACUAUGAAUGCAAAGCUGACGAGCGAAGGUACAGAAACUCAAGGGAAGAUCUGGAUAGGCAGAGGAGCUCCAGAGAAGACCUGAGCAGGCACAGAAACUCCAGAGAAGACCUUAGCAGAAACAGGAAUUCUAGGGAAGACCUUACCAGGCACAGGAAUUCCAGGGAAGACCUGACCAGGUACAGGAGCUCAGACCCUCGGGACAGUGAUCCUGAGAGGAAAUAUAGAGAGGAUUAUGAUGGAAGAUAUGACAAGACGUUAAAAGAAGAAAGAAGAUACAAGGAACGCAAAGAGGAAAAGAGACGGUACCAUUCCUCGGACAGAGAGAGUGAUAGACAGUCGAGACCUUCUGACGGAGAGAGCGAUUUGAGGAAGUCGAGAUCCAGGCCUUUGGACUCACCCGCUUUGGCUGAACGUUACCGCGAGAGACGCAGGCUGGCCACGCCGAGCCCGACCCCAUCCCCGCCGCGGCGACAGGCUGCCCCCACCCCACCCGCUGGCAACUGGUUCAAGUCUCUCGAUCGUCUUACUAGGAAGAAGAAGAAUACUAAGAUUGAAAAAGAAAGCAUAAUAACAACAGAAGAUGAGGCACCACGCAAGACGUAUCCCAAACCCGCCAAGCCUUUAACAUCACCCGCAAAGAACCUCCGCUUCUUUGGAGACACAGACGUCGAUUCAGAUGCCAACGUCAAACCGGCGACAGAAACAAAACGCUACACUCACACAAAACAUGGCACACUUCGGAAAACCAUCUCAAAUUCCAGCACAGGUCUAGAUGAAGUAGAUCAUGGUGAAUUGCACAGCAAAAGCUACUCUCUAUCUAACCUACAUAGGGACGAGAAAAGCGAAUCACCAAACGGCAAGCACUAUAAACGAAACCUUCAAAACAUUUCCGAAAUCCAGAGUAACUCCGAAAACGAGAGUCAAUUUGAUAGGAAGGUGAAUGCGAAGCCGCCCAUCAGUCCGUAUGAAAGAUCAAGAAGCCACAGUAGUUCGAAGACUUUGAAGGGAUCUAAAGGUGAUGUGAGGCGGAGACACGAUGAUAGAGGCAGCUCAUCUGAACUCAGAGGCAGUAAGCAAGAACUCAGCAGGGAUAUUAAGCACCGCCGCAGGACCCCAGUCACUAAUUCUGGUGAGAGCAGCACUGAAGGUGACUCCAGCCACCAAUCACAGCGCAGCGUCGUCUACUUACAUGCUACUACCGUUGGUGACAUCCCGGACCCCGGCCGAGUGACACGCAACCGCUCCCGCGACGAUGUCUCCUCAGUCAACUCCUCAAACCUGCAAGUUCGAUCCACAACGAAGAGCUUCUCAAUAUUCGCUCCCUGGACACCGAAACACUACAACGACCAACACGAUGUCCACUACGCGCAGCGACCAAGAAAACCAAAGCCCAAAGAAAUCGUGAAGAAGGCAUCCUCAACAAAAACGCUGACAGAAGACAGACCGGCGACGUUACAGAAGAAUAAGUCUUACAGCCAAACCACGUUGACUAGGAGACCACAGAAUAGUAGGUUAACAAGCUCUAGCUCAACAUUAUACAAGAAAUCUGACAAAAGAGUCAAAGAUACAAACACUACUCCGCGGAAAUCAGUAGCGAGAGACGGCAAGAAAUCUCAAUCGAGCGAACUAAUAAACCGGGAAAGUGAUAGGGAACGGGUAUCCCGAUCGAUCUCUAUGCCUAAAGAUAACAACAAAAAGGCUGGAUGGUUCAGGCUGUCUAGCAAAAACAAGAAGCCAGAAAUCAAUACUAGAGUCCGUUAAACAAUAACUAAUUCAGUUACCCCCAAAUACUGAAAUGCUACUCAAUUUUAAAUUGUACUUAAAUAUCGCGCUAUCUCUGUCAUUUUACAAAGAAUUUAUAGGGACAGAAGUAUUUUUGAGAGCGAAUUAAAAUUGAUUGGCGUUUGAGUAUUUGAACAUUAUAUUUGGUUUUUAGAACGCUGAUCAUUGCAAUAAUUACUAACACGCUAUGAAUUCUUUCGUCGGGUUGAUUGGCUAAAUCUUAGCUUUGACUUUAGAUAAAAAUUGAUCAGCCUUCUGGAAACUACGAGGAUUUGUUUCGUUACAAUUCUUUUAAUCCCUCCACUAAUGUUAAUGAGUAACGGACAACCCGUUCGUAUUUGGUUAGGGUAACAAACAUUGACACAAACACAGGUACAUAUCUUUGACAAUGCAAUUGUGUGCCAUAAAUCUAAACAUCUUUUCUUGACUACAAAUUAAAAUUGGGAGCGAUGUGAAUUUUUUCGUUUAACGUGAUCGAAACGAGAGCGCGUUCGGCGCUCUGAUUGGUUAGUUCAUUUGCACCGGCCAAUCAGUACCUUUAGUAUGAGUUAGCUUUACGUUUAAAGUAUUCGAGAAAAGAGCGCCUAGGACACGCUCUGAUUGGCCGGCUCGAAUAAAGCAACCAAUCAGAGCGCCGAACGCGCUUUCGUUUCGAACAAUUUAAACGUAAAGCGUACGAGUUUUCGUACUAAUGGCUUUGAUUGGUUGGUUCAUUCGCAUCGGCCAAUCAAAACGCCGAACGCGCUCUCGUUUCGUUUUCGUUCAAUGUAAAGUAAAUCCGUACUGAAUGUACGGUUUGGAUCGUUUUUGUGGUAAUUAAACAAACCUGUGUUUCUUUUUGAGUGGUGCUACGGCUCUAAAUAUUGUGUAGUGCCUAUUUAGUGGUUAUUCAAUAGUGCCAUUGACCACUUGUAUACUUACUUAGGUAUUUUAUCAAUAAAUGUUACCAUUUUCUUAUUAUUUUUAGUCAUUACGCAAAAAUUGCUUUUAAUACUAAUAAGAUAUUGAAAAUAUCUGUGCAUAAUACCUAUUUUUAAUUUAAUUUUCAUUUAGUUUUAAGUUUUUUCUUUUGGAUUUCAUUUAUUUUUAACGCUUUUGAGUACAACUAAUUUGACGUGUGUUGUGUUAAAUUGGAAUUGAAUUAAUGACACGAGCAAUGCUUGUUUGUAAUUAAGUUGAUAAUUUGAUGAAAAAGCUAAUAUAGCUCGAUUGUAACUUGAAUGAUUUAUAAAUAAACGUCUAAUUAUACCUACAA